CCGACCCUCUCCAGCGGUGAAGAAUUCAAAAUGAGCGGAAGCAAGCUCUCAGUGUCAAGUGUGCGGGGUUCCGUCAAGGAAAUGCUGGCUGAGGCCACAGGCGAGAAGAAGCGCAACUUCGUCGAGACUGUCGAACUCCAAAUUGGUUUGAAGAACUACGACCCGCAGCGCGACAAGCGUUUCUCAGGCACUGUCAAGCUCCCAGUCAUCCCCCGUCCCCGCAUGUCCGUCUGCAUUCUCGCAGACCAGAACGACAUUGAUCGUGCGAAGAAGAUUGAGCUGGACUAUAAGUCCGUUGAUGACUUGAAGAAGCUCAACAAGAACAAGAAGCUUGUCAAGAAACUCGCGAAGAAGUACGAUGCUUUCCUUGCGUCCGAAGCUCUUAUCAGAACUAUCCCUCGUCUCCUUGGUCCGGGUCUCUCGAAAGCUGGCAAAUUCCCGGCUCCUGUAUCCCACACUGAAGAUCUCGUGAGCAAAGUCAACGAAGUCAAGUCGACAAUCAAGUUCCAGCUCAAGAAGGUUCUCUGCUUGGGUGUUGCCAUUGGCCAUGUUCAGAUGACUGAGGACCAGAUCCUUGGGAACGUCAUGUUGGCUAUUAACUUCCUCGUAUCGCUGCUCAAGAAGAACUGGCAGAACGUCGGUUCGCUGCACAUCAAAACGACAAUGGGCAAACCGAUUCGUCUAUACUAGACAUGCCCACUCCUCCUAUAUGCUCUAACAUUAUGCAAUAUGGUCACGAGAUGCGUAUAUGGGAUGACGGUAUGAGAGACGAUGGGUUGGGACUACAUGAAAAACAGACGGCGAGGACAACGGGUCGAAUUCACGAAGCGCGGGCACACAAAUAAAGAGAAAGAAAGGGAAAUAAUGGAAGCGGAUUCUGUGUUGCGUUCCUUUUUGCACCACAUGAAGCCCCGCACGCUUGGACCAACGGCUCUAAAGAGGGAUGGAGUCGAUUGGGAGCUGGGGGAACGUAACUUGCUGAUUCGCUACUGUCCUUUUUCUUUUUUUUUUCUACCUUUUGCUUUUACUCCUGCUUUUGUGUUCUUCUACGCCUGUAUCCUUAGCCUAUCAAAUAUGGAAACAGUAUUAAAAAGAAUGCGCUUGUGCAUAAGUGAUGCGUAUUCUGUUC